UUUUUUUGAAAUUUGUAUAUAUUUAUGCGCACGCGUAUAACAAAGUUAUUUGCGCCUCUAACCAAUUUUUCUCUAGUCUCGAGAUUGUUUUCAAUGAGAAAGCGACGCUUCGAACGUUUUUCUUGUUUCUAGAAUUUACGAAAGUAAUAACGGAAAGUAGUAGCGACAUCGAUCAAAUUUCUAUAAUGCUCUCUUUCUUAUUUUAUUGAUAUAACAUUUAUGAGACAGAUUAAUUAAUGGGUGCAGCUCAUACGACUAAAAUCAUAGAAAAAAUGGAGAAUUCUCAAACUUCGAACAAUCGAGAAAAAACAGAAGGACAACCACGCGUAAACAGCAGAGCGAGACCAUUAUCUAUUGAAGGACCAUCAAGUAUGAAUAUCACCGAACCGCAAGUACUCGAACCAUUACCAAACCAACCCAGACAACCAACAAAUUUACAAGGAUUGCUUAGAUUUGCUAUGGAAGCAACAAAUUCGCAGAAUGUAACUAGCGGUACUCCAUUUCAACCUAUGGAUGAAGAAAGACAAGAAUUUUUGAAACAAACUCUUUCCUCAUUGUCAUGUAAUAUAAUUGAGGAAUUACAAAAAUCUAUUAAAGUUUUGUCAAAUGUAAUUGAUCUUCGUCCAGAUGAUGAUACAUCACAACAUGAAUCUGCUUUAGAAAAAAUUGCAGAUUUUGUAGAUAAUAUAGACAUUGCCAAUGAUUUUUAUAAAAUAGGUGGUUUUUCGAUAUUUGGUCCAUGCUUAAACUCUCCACAUAGUAGUAUUAGAUGGAGAGCAGCAGAUGUAAUUGCUGAAUUAGCUCAAAAUAACCCGUUUUGUCAAGAAAGAUUUUUAGAAACUGGCUUGUUUCCUAUAUUAUUGAAUAUGAUAGAUACAGAUCCUGCAGAAACUGUUAGAAUUAAAGCUUUGUAUGCAGUAUCAUGCAUAGUUCGAGAACAUCCAAUGUCUUUAAAAUAUAUGGAUAUAAAUGAUGGAUACUCAAUUCUCUUAAGAGCUAUGCAGAGUUCAAUAAAGAAAUUACAAAUUAAAUCUGCAUUUCUCUUAUCUUCUUUAUGUAAUAAGGAAAAUGUAAAUGAUUUAAAGUUAACAUUAGUGAAUAUGGGUCUAAUUGAACAAGCAACAGGUUUGCUGGCCAUUGGUGAUCUACUUCCAGAAAUUAGAGAUCAAUUGCUAAAUAUUCUUGAUGGUUUGACCAAUGAUAAUUUUUUCCCUGCUUUAAAAGAAUGUCGACGACCUGAACUUUGCUUACAAUCUACUAUAGAACGUUACAUAAAAGAUUUAAAACAAGAGGAAAAUCCUGAUCAGAUAGAUGUAUGUUACCGAUUAUUGAAUAAAGUUUUCUCUGAUCAGGAUACGAAUCAAGAAAGAUAAUUAUAAUUUAUAAUAAUGUUGGAUUCCUUUUAUGUGUAUUAAAUUUGUAUAUCAUCAAAUAUCAUUAAUAAAUAAAAAAAAUGUAUUUUAUUUAUAUUACA